AUGUCCGUACUAUUCCUUAUUUACGCGUUCUUCUGCCUGCAAACACAUACCGUCCUCAUCGAGUUUGCCGUUGCAAGUGAACCGAACGAGGAAGUAAAAAUAGAAGUUCUGUAUAUGCCCGAAAACUGUACCAAGAAGAGCAAAAGAGGAGACUUGCUGAAUGCGCACUAUGAUGGUUAUCUAGCCAAGGAUGGAUCUCAGUUUUACUGCAGUCGAAAAACCAAAUCCGGUCACCCCCACUGGUUUGUGCUGGGUGUUGGAGAGGUGAUUAAGGGUCUUGACCUAGGACUGGACAACAUGUGUCCUGGGGAGAGACGCAAAAUAACGGUUCCCCCUUCCUUAGCUUUUGGAGAAAAAGGCAAAGAUCCGGUCCCGCCCAAUGCAACUGUGGUCUUCGAGGUGGAGCUUUUGCAUCUGACCAGGGGACCACGCAGCAUAGAGGCCUUCAAAGAAAUCGAUCGUGACAAUGACAAGACUUUAACUAAAGAGGAGGUGAAAGAAUUCUUAAGGUGGGAAGCGAAGAGGUUAGACACCAAGAAAGAUGAGUCAUACUUUGAUGAUGUUGUUAAAGAUGUAUUUCGUAGAAACGACCAUGAUGGAGAUGGGACAUUAUCUUUAAAGGAGUAUAAUGUGCUUGGACACGAUGAGCUCUAG